AUGUAUCUCAAAAUGUAUAUAAAAUCGGAGAGAUUCUACCAACAGCCGGAAAAUCAGGCUUUGAAGGAGGAAAAAUGUUUUUCGGAUUUCGAUGAGGAUUUUGAUGACCGUGAAGGCGGUGGUGGUCCCGCAAGGCGUUGUGCCCGAGAUGCGGCGUCCCCCGCGCAAACGCAUGCGCCGGCGCCUGCGCCGACCGCCUCUAGUGUCAAAGUCGAACGGCUAAGCCCACACGAAUCCACCGCCUCCAGAUCUCGCAGCGUGACGCCAUCAACGUCGUCAUACCCAGGCACGCCGCCGGAGCGCGGCAGCCCGAGCCACGCACCCCCUGCACCCGCACACCCGCCCCGCAACUACUCUGACAUAAUGCGCUCGCUCGCUGCCAGAUACAACACACAUCCCACUAACGACUAUUUCCACCGCGUGAAUGGUUUCGGAGUAGAACCACGCGCGCCGGUGCAAUCCAACGACACAAACGAUGCCCCAAUGGGCGGAUUGUUUGCUAAAUUGGCCAAACAACAAGGGGGACCACCGCGGAUUCCGGCAUUCCCUGUCAUGAUAGACAUGACCUCCACAAAGACUUUAUUAGCAAUAUCGCGAGUGGGCCGUGGUGGAAGAUCGCGGCGCAAGCGUAUCGGGACUGCUACAGUUCCCGAGCAUUCGCCACUUGAUCUCUCCGCGGCGGGAGAGACCGCUGCAAAGCGAGCACGACUCUCCGCCAGUCCUAGCACACGGAGUGACGAUGAUAGGGAUAGGAUAUCAAAUGAAGAUCGGAGCGAAACCCGCGACUGCCUCUGCGCAGAGGCUCGCGCGCGCAUCUCCGCCUGGUCCGUUGACGAUGUCUGUGACUUCGUUAACUCAAUCGACAUUUGUGCUGAAUAUGUUUCGGUAAGUUUUUAUCACAUUUAUACCACAUACAGAAUACGUACGGAAGGGAUGCAGUGA